GCAAAUAUUGGAUCUACGGAUAAAUGUAAGAAGGUACCAGAAAAGUAUGCGAAUGUGCCUGAAUUCAGUUGCGUCCUGGAAGCGGAUGGUGUUGAGAUUGGCGGUGCGUACGAAGCGAUCGUAAUUUCAAAAGGAUCGGACUCGAUAAGUGUAAAACUAAAAGGCACCAAGGGGCCUGUAGGACAAGGGACUAUAUAUCGUUGGGUUCCCGAAGUUGAAAAAGCAGUGGUCGCUCAGCCAAUACAGAAACCAACACCGAUACAAGAAUUAAAAGUGCGUAACACUAUACGCCCGGAGAAGGAAGAAAUUAAACAACAAGAAAAAAUAGUUCUCGUUGUUCCACCGAAGAUCGAUUUGGUGCCUAAGCAAUAUCUAGUGGCUACUUUAUCAGUAGGUGAUACAGUGCUGUUAUCAGUAGACUGUCCAACCAAGGACUGUAUGACGAAGCAGAGCGGACACGUUUGCGUGUCGCUGCAUGACAGCGCUGAGAACAGUUAUCAGCUGCUGUGCGCUGACUACUGUGCCGAGUGUGACGCUGAGAACGCUGCGAUAGUGCCGAAACCAGGCGAUCUGUUCUCAUACCGUAACCCAGAAGACGGCGGUUGGUAUCGCGCUAGAAGACUCAACGCUACAAGCGCGGCGCUCAUUGAUAGCAGUAAAUUAGCUAAUAUAGGCGAUAAAGACGUUUGUAAGCAAGUGCCGGAGAGAUAUAGGGACAUAGCCGAGUUCUGCUGUGUGCUAGAGGCGGACUGUGUUAAGCUCGGCGAGAGCUACCAAGCGACGAUAGUAUCGAAACAGUCGGACUCCAUACAAGUGAAGUUGCAUAACGUCGGAUCCGAUAUCGUGACCGGCACGGGGACGAUAACAAGAUGGCUGCCGGAAGUUCAAGUGCCAAGUGUUACGGCUGUAUCUGCAACAAUACCGCAAGUAUCGCGUGCGUGUGUCAGCGCAAACACUCGGGUGCUACUCGUGGACGCUACUGCGCUAGAUUGUAUGUACGUCAGAGUGGCGGACAGUAGCACUACUGUUAGGUAUAAUUCUGCGUUGCAAGAUGCUCUACUUUUUGGCAGGAAUGCGAAACCUCUGAACCAACCGCCGAAUAAGGGACAAGUUGUGAUCAGCAAGUUCACAGACGGCAACCAUUAUAGGGCACUAGUUAAACGUACGAGCGUGAAGCAGAAUAAAUAUCUUCUGGAGUAUAUUGAGUAUGGUAACGUAGAAAUAGCACAACUCGAGAAUCUAUACCCGUGCCCCCCAGAAUUAGACCUCGACCAAAUGCCAACAGUUGUUUCUCUGGUUAAAGUUAAAGCGGACAAUCUGACUUUGACCGUACAAGCCAGGGAGUAUUUGGAGAAGCUGAGGGAUGCUGAGAUUGAGCUCGUUUUGACAUUACCAGACGGUGCUAAAACCGCGCCAAGCGGUAGCGAAGUAAUACUUACAGUCGAGAAGAACAACGAGAGUGUUAAUAAAAAAUUAAUUGAAUUGUGUACACCCGGUUGGAAGAAGAUGGCAGACAGCGGUGUUGAUGUUGUUGACCUAGAACCGCUCAUGUUCACCGAGCUUGAUGUAGUGAAGUUACCGAAGGGAGAUCUAACACUCAAAGUGCUGGAUCACAGCACGAUAGAGGGCGGUGUGAUAUCCGGCUGUCCCGCUGACUGCCAGCAUGCUGACCACGUGCUGACCGCGCUGAACAAACAGAUUGCUGAUUACUGCAACAGUGAUUUAUGCAAGGAGCCAUAUUUACCGAAGCCAGAAGAACUGUGCAUAGCUCGAACAUCUCCGAACGGACCCUGGUCCCGAGCUGUACUCUUAGAACAAUGUCAAGGGGCAGGCGGGCAGUUAGCACAAGUGUGCUUUGUGGACGCGGGCGGGGUUUGUGAUGUGCCCGUGGGGGAGAUAAGGAAAAUAUUGCCCGAGUUUGUGAAGGGGCUGCCGGCUUUAGCCUCGCUGUUGCAGAUUCGAGGUUUUCCGCAAAACCCUACACCCGCCAUGCUGCAAAAAGCCAUACAUUACUUACGGCUAGAUAGCAACGGGCAUGGCAUUUUGAAACUAAAGAAUUGUUUGAAGACAGAGGAAGAAGUGUAUGAGGCUGAUGCCCCAGAGCUUUUGGCGGCUAUGGGGGUUUAAACGGGAUGAUAAUAAUGAAAAAUUAAAAAAAAAAAAACUUUUUUUUUUGUCAAAAUAUUGUUUAUGCUUUAGAAGUAUGUACACUGCGUUUUUUUUGUCAAAAUGUUUUUUUUUGUCAAAAUAUUGUUUAUAGGUAGGUAGGUACCUUAGAAGUAUGUACACUGAAUUUUUUGUCAAAAUAUUAGUUUAUACCGUACGUAAUGGUAUAUUGAAGGGAGGAAAAUGAGUAAAAAAUGACAUUUUGAUACACUGGUAGAUAUUAUGGGAAUAUGUGCG